AGACCCUCUCCUGCCCUCUUGUUCCGAGGCAUAGCUGAUUGGCCUGGGACUGGGACACCUGACCAAGCUGAUCCAUCCAGUUCCUCCCCUGGGCAUUUGAAAUCAGGCCACCCGGCCGGCUAGGUUAGGUGCGCCUCGGGAAGCUGAGCGGGAGGCAGAGAAGAGUGUAACAUGCAAGCCUGGAGGCCGGAGGAAAGCCCUGAAGUAUUCAAGAAGGCCAGCCCCAACGGAAAGCUCACCGUCUAUCUGGGAAAGCGGGACUUUGUGGACCAUAUUGACCUCGUGGACCCUGUGGAUGGUGUGGUCCUGGUGGAUCCCGAAUACCUGAAAGAGAGGAGAGUCUAUGUGACACUCACCUGCGCCUUCCGCUAUGGCCGGGAGGACCUGGACGUCCUGGGCCUGACCUUUCGCAAGGACCUGUUUGUGGCCAACGUGCAGUCCUUCCCGCCGGCCCCUGAGGACAAGAAGCCCCUGACGCGGCUGCAGGAGCGGCUCAUCAAGAAGCUGGGCGAGCACGCCUACCCAUUUACCUUUGAGAUUCCUCCAAACCUGCCAUGCUCUGUGACACUGCAGCCCGGGCCCGAGGACACGGGCAAGGCCUGUGGCGUGGACUACGAAGUCAAAGCCUUCUGCGCCGAGAACCUGGAGGAGAAGAUCCACAAGCGGAACUCCGUGCGUCUGGUCAUCCGGAAGGUUCAGUAUGCUCCAGAGAGGCCCGGCCCCCAGCCCACGGCUGAGACCACCAGGCAGUUCCUCAUGUCAGACAAGCCCUUGCACUUGGAGGCCUCCCUGGAUAAGGAGAUCUAUUACCACGGGGAGCCCAUCAGUGUCAACGUCCACGUCACCAACAACACCAACAAGACCGUGAAGAAGAUCAAGAUCUCGGUGCGCCAGUACGCAGACAUCUGCCUCUUCAACACCGCGCAGUACAAGUGCCCUGUGGCCAUGGAGGAGGCCGACGACACUGUGGCGCCCAGCUCAACGUUCUGCAAGGUCUACACGCUCACCCCCUUCUUGGCCAACAACCGAGAGAAGCGGGGCCUCGCCCUGGAUGGGAAGCUCAAGCACGAGGACACGAACCUGGCCUCCAGCACCCUGAUGCGGGAAGGGGCCAACCGCGAGAUCCUGGGCAUCAUCGUCUCCUACAAAGUGAAAGUCAAGCUGGUGGUGUCACGGGGCGGCCUGCUGGGAGAUCUUGCGUCCAGUGACGUGGCCGUGGAGCUGCCCUUCACCCUGAUGCACCCCAAGCCCAAAGAGGAGCCCCCACAUCGGGAAGUUCCAGAGAACGAGACGCCGGUAGAUACCAAUCUCAUAGAACUUGACACAAAUGAUGACGACAUUGUGUUUGAGGACUUUGCCCGCCAGAGACUGAAGGGCAUGAAGGACGACAAGGAGGAAGAGGAUGACGUUACAGGCUCCCCGCGGCUCAACCACAGAUAGGCUGGGGCCGGCCCUCCCGGGGCGGCUCCAGGUCUCAGGCACUAGGAUGCUUCUUCGUCUACUUCCUGUUCUGGUGUCCCCACCCCAAGCCCCGCCCCCUUGUUCUUCCACUUUCUCCCUGGGGGGGCCCAGUGGUCUUCCUGGGCCUCAGAACCGGGCCUGCGUCACCAUGCCGACAGGGCCUGCGUCACCACGCCGACCGGACCCGGUGCGCCCUUCACCUCCUCUGCCCACUCAGCUCUCCGCCUGGCCCGCUCCUCAUCCCAGAAAGGCCGCCUCUGGCCUCGGGGUGGCCGGAGAUGGGGGAGAGGAAGGGGGCGGCGGGGGCGGGCAGGAGGACACGGGGUGGGCUUGCGGGCCCCGGAUGCGGGAGACCACGAGCACAGUCCCAGGUGGUUAGCGCAGUUCUGGCAGCGAGAGGACGGCCACCUUGAAGGCCACCCUCUCCUGGCUGCAAGGCCAGACCCCCCUGAUGGAUUGGCCAUGCCUUUGUGCGGUUUGGAGCGCCAAAGACCUCCCCUGCUCUUCCCCCUGCCCCUUUGACUUUGGUGAAGGUUCCUAGGCCCCAGGAGUGGAGAAGAGCAACUGGUCUGACUUCGCUACCAGCAGCCUCUCUAGACCAAGGCAGGCCGUGUGAGCUAGCCGAGUGGACUGUAGCCUGGCGGGGGGCGUGGCGGCGUCGCUAGCCUGUAUUUGAUGUGGUGCACCUGUCUGUAUUUGUGCAUGGAAGGGGAGGGGCUCUUUCGCAGACACCCACCCCUGGCCAAGGAGGGAGGCUUUGGGAGGUGGGGAUGGGAAGACUAAAGUCUGUCCUGUGCUCCUGCCUCUGAGGAUUUAAGGCGAUCACACAGGAGGCAAGGCUGGAGGUCCAGGGGCGGCUGGCCCCGACCCCGCCAGCCCGCUGCCGCCGAUGCUGCCAGCGUGUUCUCCUGCUUCCCCCUGCAGACCUCCCGCCUGGGCUGGGCUGGCCCUGCAGCCCGGGUGCAAGUGCCUGAGGACACCCUGCCCGAGGACCAGGGGUUCCUUCCCAGAAGGUGGCAGUGCCCACCGAGAGGCACUCACCCAAAGAGGAGGCUGCUGGGGAGCAAGGAACCCCUUCUGUCCUUGGCGAGCGUGAGGGCCCAGCAGUUGCCACCUGCUGGCUGCUGCUCCCCACGUGGUGAGGGAGAAGAAGGUGUUCCAAGACAUCUUUCUCAUCUGGCAUUCAAUGCUAAUGUGCUGUGUGACCCACGGCGAGUUCCUUCCCCUCUCUGGGCCUCAGUUCCUACCUGGAAAGCCAAGCAGUUGACCAGAUGAUCACAAGAGGGCCCUCCUGGCUGUGGGCAGCAGUCAGAGCCCCUGGCUGGGCCUCAGAGGUGGCCAGAGCCUCCAGAGCAUGUGACCACUCCCCUGGCCUCUAGGCCUGGGAAGGCCAUCAGGCCCAUGGGGAGCGCACGCUGUGGGGUGGGGGGCUUCUCUGAUGUCCAGUGAGGCCACAGCCUGCAUCAGCUGCUCUGUCCUGGGGCCCGAGGGGCCUAUGGAGGGGCGGGGCUUGUGUGUGCUGGGCUUGGGUGGCAGCUUGUGAUAGGGCGUCCCCUGCAGAUGUGGACACCCCGAGGCCCACCGCAUGACUAGGUUGCCUAGCGGGACAAGGACGCCCCUCGGCAUCUGCUCUCCUUCAUCUCCAUCCCCUCCUGGCGUGAGAAGGGAGACCACCGUGCUUCUCCGCAGGGUGGACCCUUACCCUUUAAGGGCCGGUGCCUCCGGAGCUGGGCUUUGCAACCACUGCUGUCCCGAAAUGGCUCAGUUCCCAGGCUCGGCCUCUGCCCCUGCCGAAUCUUGUGCAUAUUCAACCCGGGUCAGAACCAAGUCAUCUUGGGACAGUGGCGCCCCUCCAUGGCCAGUCCUGGGGCCCAGCCCCUACCAGAGCUUGCUGGGCAGUUUGCACCUCCUCUGGGCAGCUGUACGAGGGGUCUUCAAGAAGUUCAUGGAAAAUGUGUAUUAUGAAAAAAAAACUAUGCAUGGAUCUCAAUAUUUUUUUUGCACCAAUAAACUUAACCUUUGAAUUCCAUUUUCCCAUCACUUGUUGAAGGACCCUCGUAGAGUUGAUGGAAUACAUGCUGGAUGGCACACGGCAAGCGUACUCUCCAGCGUCUUCCUCUGGGGCCAAUGGCAAGGCCCUGUAGCAUGUGGGGUGACCAGUCCCCUGCAGCCCUCAUCCCCCAUCCCUGAUGUAGGUAUACAGAAGCUUCAUCAGGCUGGCCUCGAGCUUCUUCGUCAUUGCCACCCCUUCUGGUUCAUCCCAGCAUUUCACUGAAAUGUCUCCAGCUGCCAGCCACUCUCCGAGCCCUGUCUGUCCUUGGCCCUUUGAGCCUAGACUGCACAAGGUCAAUGGCCAAGUUUAACUGGACUCAGCCUCACCAUGUUCUUCCGAGGACGCCCCUGCCCUGUGCCCAGCGUCGAAGCUGCAGAGACAGGGCUGUCCUGGCCCCUGCCCUCAGGAAGCUCACAGCCCAGAACAUUGCUGAGGGGAUGUCCUGUCUCCUGGGCUCCCUGGCUGCUGCUGCUGGCCCCCACAGUGCCUUGAUGUGAAUUAGACAACCGGGCCCCUUCCUGGUGGACUCAGACCCACACCGGAAUGCACAGCUUGCUGUGUGGCUGGACGUCGGUGCCACUUGCCCUUGGCCAAGCGCUGUCCGUGACCGUGUGGGACACUCAGGCUGCAGCACCCCCUCUGGCGCCUCUCUGAAGAGGAGGGCCCCGUAUCUCCAGGCUUCUGGUCGGGUGCCAGACCCCAUCCCCUGUCCCCCUCUGUAACCCCCAAACGUGACCUUUGGGGUGCCGUAUCCAUUCUGUAGUCAGCCUGUCCUGUGAGGCCUUGGAGUGGAACUGAGGACUCGCCAAGCACCAGCCCACGGCAGUCUGUUCCCAUGCCAACCACACAGUGCGGUGUGGGUAGUGCAUCCAGACCAAUCGGGGGGGAGGGGCAUGCCCCGGGUACAGUGCACUGAGCACGGUGCCAGCUGCGCUGCCUUAGCACCCCAGCCAACAGAGGCAUGGUCGGCUCCCUGAAGACAAGGGCCGAGUUAUUUGCACCCUAUGGGCGUCCUCAGCUGCAAAGCCCAGAUUAGAGUGGGCUCACCUGCACAGCGGGCCCAGCUGGGAGGGUGGCAGGUCCCCACAGGGUGCUGUGGGAGGAGUACUACGCUGGAAGCCCCUGCUGCUGCCUCUGUGGGUGGCCUGGAGCAUGUUAAUACACCUCUUGGGCUCAGUUUUCCCAACUGUAAAAUGGGACAGUGAUCCCUUCCUCAAGGCAUUGUGGGGCCCAGCCAAGAGGAAGUUGGUCAUUGGUGCUCUGUCGGUCGGUUGCACAUGGCUGCACAGCGGGGCCCUGUCACCCAGCCACGCCCCCUUCUAGCCACCUGGCUUUGGUGACCCAGGUGAGAGGGACGUUUAGACCCUGUUAAGGAAUUCCAUGUCCAAGGACAGCCAUCUCAGCGGGCAGGACAGAAGAUGUGGAUAUUGUCAGCAGUAGGGGAGGACAGUACGUUGGGCCAUCCCAGGCCCGUGUCACCCGCAUCUCUCACCUUGCAGACCCCACAGAGGGUCUGGCAUGGGAGAGCCACGCCCUCAGGCCCAGGGACUCUGCCCGCCACUCCACACUCCUUCAGAGCAGUCAAGGGCGAGGGAGAUAGAAGUUGCCUGCUCCUUUUUUUCAGAGUGUCAGGCCCCACCUGGGAUCAGCAGGAGGCGCCAUGGACACUGGGUGACACCUGGGAGAGCUUCAGGCCCAGGGACACCCUAGGCCUUGUGCCCAGCCCGUCCAGCCCCAGGAGGGCCAGGCCCUCAUCGCGAGCUCUUUGUCUCAUGGACACAGGACUGGGCUUGCUCUGGUGGCUUGCUUUUUAAACUCAGUGAGGACCAAACAGACACCCCUGCCCCUCCCACAGCCUGUCACGGGGCCAGCAUCUGGCCCUCUGGGUUUAGGUGGCUCCAUGUCCCUUCUGCCUUCCCACCUCAGGGACAGGACCCCAUCCCCUGCAAGGUCACUGCCCAGUGGCCUUGUCCCCCCAAAAGGACAGUCCAAGCACAGGUCCCUGGACCCCCGGUCUGCAGCCCCUGACCCCGUGGUUUCCCAGCAGGUGCUGUGGAGUGCUUGGGAGCCCACAGAGCCUUGUCAAGGAGCUGCUCUGCUGGGAAGAGGAGGGUGGGGGCAGAUGGGAGGUCUCCAGGCCUCCCCCGACCCCUGUUCCCACUUCUCUGCAUUUCUCUCUCUCUCCAUUACUGAGGCUUCCCUUGCAGACUGGCUUUUGAGGAAAAAAAGCCUUGGAAACCCCAUUGUGAGGUUUGACGCGAGCCUGGCUUCUCUUCUCGCUCUGCCCGUUGGCAUGGCUGUGGCAUCACAGUCCAAAGGAGCUUUGUGCUGGAACUUGGGUCACAGGCCCAGGCCCAAGCACUUGAGGGCACCCCUACGAUGGUUUCCCAGCCAUCCCACCCUGAAGCCGGGCCUGGUUUUGAUUUGGGCAGGGUGCUCGGUAAGGAAGGGUCUUGGCCCUGAUACUGGCCCUGCAGCACAGGGGGCCAGGGAGCAAGGAGGGGCUGCACCUGCACCCCUGGGUGGCACCGGCUUCCCGGAUGCAGGCCUGUGGGACGACAGGAGUGUGAUGGGAGAAGCAGCCAGAGGCAAGAUUCGGCUCUCCCUGCAGCCAGCUGUGAGCGAUGCGGGCUCAGGAACACACAUGGAGGGAGGAUUUUAUGACGGAGUCCCGGCUUUGAGGCAGGAUCCUGCAGGGGCCUUUUCAUUGGCAAGUGUCCCUAGCUUGUGGACGGCCCUGUGUUUGGGUAAUAGGAGGCUCUUAGGCCCAAAGAGAGGUUGCCCCCCCCCCCCACCGGCGCCCCUCACAUCCUCUCUGCCUGAGCCUCUCACCCUAGCUCACCGCAGGUGAACAUUGUGGUGAGACCCGAACCAGCCCUUGGCACAAAAUCCUGCCAGGGCCCUCCCCGCCCCCAGGGCAUUCCAGGUGAAAAUGGGACACUCAGGACACAGCCACUUGCACGGCACAAGACAAGGAGUGCUUGUUUUGGUGUUUUGUGUGGGGUCUGAAUGUGCCAUUGGGACCUCACUGGCCUCAGUGUGUAAAAUGGGGCUGGUGCCAGGCUCUGCCCGCCUCACAGGGACCAUUGCAGAGGCCACGGGGGAUGUGGGUAGGUGGCGGCAAAGCAGCGGCAGGUGCCUCACAGUCUCAGGCCUGCGGUGCAGGUCAGCAAAAGGAUUAGGAAUCAUGUGGGCACACGCAUCCCGGACUGCUCUGCUCUGUGUUCGGUCCUGGCUGCGGACACGGUGGCACCUGCCGCCUCCUACCGCUGGGGGGCCUGCAUGGGGGGAAUAUCGGGAUGAGGGGACGGGGAGGGGCUGUGUCUCCAGAUUUGUGGGCCUUCUGUGAAGUGAUUAUUUUGUGACACUUAAUUCCUGGACCACCUGCCAGGUUAACCUGUUGUACCUGUGCCAUUCCUUAUCACGUCUGAUAAGUUAUUCUAGUUUCUUCAACUCUAACAGGACUGAUGAACAAAAGAAGCAUAUGUAGGAGGCCAUUAAAAGUCUUUUGUGACAGAG